UAAACUACAACGACUAAUCUGCCAACGGAAGUGCUAACGGCGCUCGCCGGUUUCCGUCUGGAUUUGUGAAUGACAAUUGAUUUCGUUUCUUUCUAUUCGCAACAGCUGCGUGUUCAUGUUUCUCUGUGGUUUGAAUAUGUAGUGGGAAUCUAUGUGGAUUUAACUGCAGAGUGACCGGUUUACGGAGCUUGACAGGAAACACGUGGUUCGUAGCCGCGUAGCAUUAAGCUACCCACUGGUCAAACUGGUCUCGGUUGGCCCAGUAGUGUAAACUGACUGGUUUCUGACCUCCAGAGGUUUGCAGCUGCUCCUGGCAAUGGACGACUGCCCAGAGGGGACCCGUGUCGCUGUGGGUGUCAGUCUGUGUGACUCGGCUCCUCUUCUGUGGAGGCAUCAAGACCUGAGGCAGGUCCGGUCCGAGGGCCUGGUGGGAGCUUUGUUGGGUUCUCUGCCCCGGACCCCUCGACAGAACGGCCGUCUGGGCCGCCCCCUGCUGCUGCUGCCGGAGGAGGAGAGACUGUUGAGUGAGCAGGGCGCUGCUGCUGCGUUACCAGCUGCUGAGCAGGACGGAGGACGGGCGGACCUUCGUUUGCAGGUGGAGCAGUAUGAGGUGGAGCAGCAGAGCAGUCAUGAGGAACAGAGUAUCCUUGCGCUGGAGGACAGGAAGUCAGCGCUGGUCCGGGCGAUGUCGUCACCAGGGGCCCAGUCUGACGAGGCCCUCUGGGGCCGCCUGGAGGCUCUGGACCAAAGCUUCACGUUCCCGCGGUCCGCCCUGGCUGUGCAGCUGAGCACCGCCCGCUCGGGGCUAAGCUACUGUCCGGAGUCCCGGGCCUUCCUACAGGCCGACUGGCCAAUCAGGACUCAGGGCGGGUCAAGGCGUGAAGUCACAUACCAGGUGUUCAGAGACCUUAGGGGGCGGGGCUUCUACUUGACGUCCGCUGGGAAGUUUGGAGGAGACUUUCUGGUGUACCCAGGCGACCCGCUGCGGUUCCACGCCCACUUCAUUGCCAUUUGUCUGCCUCUGGAGGAGUGCCUCUGUCUGCUGGACGUCCUGGCUGUGGCUCGUCUGGGAUCCAACGUGAAGAAGACCGUCCUGCUGUGCUCCCCGGGGACGGACGGCACCGUGCGGUACACGUCACUGCAGUGGAGCGGGAUGGUUUAGCUCCUGUCAGCUGACUGUGGGACGUUCUCGAGGACACGGACGGGGACUCUAAAAUAAUCCUGUUGAAGAACCAGAGGAGGCUCCGUUUGAAGGCGCAAACUGAGGUCAGAGAUCAGUAAAACUGCGCAGGUUUAACUCUGGAUCUGAGAAGCUGCUUGAGGUUGUGUCACUGGUUAGUGCAGCGUCAUUUGACUUCCACAAUAAAGUCGAAAGGUGAAAACACUCA